AUGUCUUUUUCUCAACCGCGCCCCAAGCGGGCAGGUGAAGGCUUCACACGCACCCACCACCACGACGAAGACGACCAGAAUGGCCCCUCCGAGCACAAGAGGCCUCGCUUUGAUCUACGAAAUCCGUCCGCGCUCGCACCCGACGCUCUAGAAGAGGAUGCUAUACUAGAUGCAGACGAGAUCGGGCGCCGCGGACAACAAGUGCGUCGCAAAGCUGUAAACCUUGAUGGCUACGAUUCGGACAGUGAGAAUGAGGGAUUUAGCGCGCGCAUCGAGGCCAAAGCGAAAAGUAGUCGGGCGAAACAUGACGCAGAAGACGACGACAUGUUUGCAGAGUUACAAGAAGAUUUUGGCGCUGAGGAGAUUGAUGCGGACGAGGCGUUGCGGAAAAACAAGAAGAAUGUACGCUUUUUACGGGAUGAUGAGAUCGAGGGCCAAGUUCCUUCAUCCAAAAGUGGCGUGGCACUGCGGGCAGAUCUGAAUGCAACUGGAGACACGGUCGAAGAGGAUGAGGUGGAAAGUGAAAGCGAUGUUGCGGAUGAAGAUCGCGCGAGGAUCGAGGACGGUAUGGAUGAGGAACUGGGCGCUGGCGCCAAGAAGAAGCAUGCGCCGUUACUGGAUGCGUUCAAUAUGCGUACCGAGCAAGAAGAGGGUAAAUUUGACGACCAGGGUAAUUACGUACGGAAGGCAGCAGAUCCCGAUGCGGUCUACGACUCCUGGUUAGAAGGAGUGUCGAAAAAGGAUAUCCGUCUCGCAAAAGAGGCGGCAGAGAAACGAGAAAUGGAGAGGAAAGAAAGAGAUCGAUUGAACGACAGCAUUCUUACAGCCGACGUCUUGAAGACUCUGAUUAGCCACUUGCAAAGGGGAGAAACAGCUUUGGAAGCGCUGGCGAGGAUAGGCAAAGGGGCCGCGAAGAAACCGAAAUGGCAAGUAAAGAAGAAUAAAAACCGAUCGAAACAAAACGGAACAGCGGCAGAGGAUACAGAGAUGACAGAAGACGAUCCGAAUGAGGUUGCUCGAAAGCAAGCGAUUGAUGCCGUAACUGGGGCGGCUGAUAUCCUGAUGACCAGAGGUCAGGUUGAAAUCUACGAUACCGAACGCGAGAUACUCACUCGACAAUAUCGACGUGAAACAGGUGAGAAUUGGGUUGAUCCCCCUUCCGAGUCUGCAGCUGCCCCCACCACAGAGGAAGGGCCGACUAUGUGGCAUUUUCGUUGGUCGGAUGCCCGAGACGGCGGCAUUGAACAUGGCCCCUACGAUGUCCCGACAAUGGAGUCUUGGAAGGAUGCCGGAUACUUUGGCGAAGGCGUCGAGUUUCGGAAAAUGGGUGAUACAGGAGACUGGAAGAAAGAGGCUACGUUUGGAUGA